GCUAGUUUACCAAUAUAGCUGCGGUCUGAUCAACACUGUUGUAAGGUAGCAGUUUGGCUAGCUGCUCUUUUCAACAAUUUUGUAUAACUUUUUUUGUGGCAGCUUUUGCAGCUCGACACGACCCACGCGUGAUCGACGAGCAUAACUAGCCAGCUUGUUACUACAGUAUUUGAAUUCGACAAGGCUGUUUUGACGUUGGAUAGCUAGCUACAUUCGCUGGUUCGAAAUUUCGAAUAGACCAGACCUCACAUUUUUAAACAGGUUCAUUUGUUAGUCGUGUCGUUAGCUUUCUUGUUAUCUUGUGAAGCUGUCAUUUUUUCUGUGCGGCUAAGUUUGAACGUAAUUUGUUUUUGAAAGCCAUCUACUAGUUACUAGCUAGCCAGCUACGUGUUGUCAUUUUUACUUUAUGAACAACAAGGCUUGACGUGUGGUACCAACACUGAUUCUGCCUGCAAGAUUUUUGUCGGUGACUUCCACAAACGUUGGCUAGCAUUUACGUUAGAGCCAGCAUCAGCCAAGCGAAUUUGACAAAAACAAUUUAGCCAAUAAAUAAGCUAUCAAGCAUUAUUACAGCGAUAACUGACUUCUGUUACCGAUAAAUUGCCUUGUGAGAGAGAGAAUAUUUUGCUUAUUUAAUAAUUACCAAAAAAACGUAAUUGAAGUAGCUAACCCACAGAAGUAGUUGUGUAUCCAAAUUCAGACCCGAAUUGUCAUCUUUUUAUCGGUGCUAUUGUUGAAAAUGGCCGCGAUCGAAAUGGUGCAGAUGUUGAUCGAAGCUGCAGAAUACCUUGAUCGCAGAGAAAGAGAAGCUGAACAUGGCUAUGCCUCCAUGUUACCAUUCACCAGCAGCAAAGAGAAGGACAGCUUGAAACGGAAAAGCAAAAGCAAGAACAACUCCAAUAGCAGAUCCACACACAACGAAAUGGAGAAAAACAGACGCGCACACCUACGGCUGUGUUUAGAGCGAUUGAAAUCCCUCGUUCCAUUGGGACCAGACUCCAACAGGCAUACCACCCUCAGCCUACUGAUGAGGGCCAAGAAACACAUCGUGAGGUUGGAGGAGACCGAGCGGAGAGCCCAGCAUACCUUAGACCAGCUGCAGAGGGAGCAGAGGCACCUGCAACGACGUCUGGAGCAGCUGGGGGUGGAGAGAACACGUAUGGACAGCACAGGAUCCACUCUCUCCUCCGACAAUCCAGACUCAGACCAGGAGGAGGAGCUGGAUGUGGACGUGGAGGGGACUGACUACCUGCUGGGGGAUCUUGAGUGGAGCACCAGCAGUGUGAGUGACUCUGAUGAGCGGGGCAGCCUGCGCAGCAGCUGCAGUGAUGAGGGCUACUCCAGCGCCAGCCUGCGCCUACGCAUGCAGAACCAAAACACUCAGGAGAAGGCCAAGCAGCUGGGCUGCAGCCUAUAAGAGCACAGCCCUCGACCUCUGACCCCCAUCCCCCAUCCAAUCCUGUCCCUCUAUCGUCCAGUUAACUCCCGCCCACCAACCAGUCUCUGCCAAUCAGACCUCCCAGCAGGACUGGCCUGUUCUGACCAAGCCCCCUCUUCCUUUCCAGCUGUAUUCCACCUCUUCCCCCCUCAAACCCCCAAUGCAACACCUCUUAGACACACCCACCAUCCUAUCUCAACUGUCCAUCUGCCAACCAGAAUGGAGGAUCAGUCUGUGGCACUGCCCAAUCAGAGCUUUUGGUUCAAUCAGAUGAGUGGGAUUAGGAAGACAAGACACUCCUCCGUCCGUCCCUUUCGUGUCCACCAGCCCCCCCCCCCCCUCCUUCCUUCUGUCCUUCCUGCUCUGCUGUCUGUUUCAGUAUAAGAGCAAAGUAGAGGUGACUGACUGUUUUCAUGUAUCCAUGCAGUUUCCCCCUUCCAGGGUCCGAAAACUAAGACUUCAGCUAGAGAAUGUGAUUUCAACACUACACCUACACCCCACUGCCUCUCUCUCUUGUUCAGAAGCCAUCUGAAGCAAAGCAGUCAUGAUGAGAACCCCUCUCGACCCCCAGCUCUAAAUCCCAUCUCGCCCAUUUCUCCCAUGAGACUGGCCCCUCCAUAGGUGGUGGUACAGACAGCAGAGCUGUGCUACCUGACUAACCAGCUGACCAAUCACAGCAUGGUAUUUUGGACUCUGGGACAGCAUUGGAAUGGAUGGUCUUGGUCAAAGCGCUGUGGCGUGGUCAUUUUAAACAAUAUACACUGCAGCUAUUGUAGUAAUGUUAUCAGGUGUAGUCUUUCAGUAAGUCUUUAUGGUAAAUAAUUGUCGACCUGCACUGUCCACAUGUAAAGCCUCACUGGGAGUUCUACGACACUAAGCACGGCUGUGAUGUCAUCCAUAUUCCACAACCACUUCAUUGUUGUGAUCGGCAGCAAUACAUCAUCCCUCUCCUCUACCAGGCUUAGCGGCUGGAUACAUACCUCUAUGUUUAUGGCUUUUAUAAGGGGGGGGUUAUUAAGCUGUAUUUUUUUAAUGUCCACACCUGCCAUUCAGAAUUUGUAUGAUGAAAAAAGUGCUAAAAAAAAAACCUUGUGAAGAACAAUAUGCAGCAUGAGAUUGUUAAGGAGUGGGGGGAUGGAGGUCUUCCUCUCUCUGAUGACGGUGGCGUCUAGCUUGUCUUUUAAUGUACGUAUUGUAGCCAGUGGUAAUCACUUCAAUGUGUGUGUGAAGGGAAGUCAUACAGAUAUUAACUGUUGAAAGUAAACCAGUGAAGAUAUUAAAGCACAUUCCAUGUUAGAGAGAAAGUAGGGCAUGUUAGUAGAGAAUUACCUUCGCCCAUAUUUAUGAGGGAGAGCGUUUGCAGUUUUAAAGCCAGGAAGGAUCUCGCUAUCUGCUUCAGGUUACCCACAAGCAGAACACAACAGAUUUGCUGACUUGCUUUGCCUUUCAGUCAGAACACAGUACAAGGAAGAUCAACGUCUGUUGAGUUAGUUCACCUCUGAAAAGAACGGAGUAGAAAGGCUACUGUACACUAAAUAUACUCUCCUCUGCCUGGCCCAUAGAGCUAUUUAUUAUUUCAGCAAAAUGUAGUCAUGUUUAUGUAAAUAGUUUACACAGAAAGAUCUCUAUGUAUAUCGAAUAAAAAGUAUUUGUAUUAGAUCUAAAUAUAUAGAUAUAUCUAUUUAAUUAGUUAUCGCUUUAGUUGUUCUUGAGUUAUUCUUGUGAGGUUUUCUAUGUGUGGUUGGUUUGCACAGCAUAGUCAAUCCAUAGCUUUUUUGUGCCUAUAGACUUUUGUCUUUUCAGAAAUUGGCACGGUGCUCCUAGAAAUGAAUGAAAUUGUUUUAUUUGUGGUUUAUUAUAUUGGAGAGAAAAAAACAUCCUCUGUGAAUAACAGAAAUAAUUACAAAAAUAUAUAUAUAAAUUUAAAAAAUUGAAUAAAAAAAUUCAUAAAAUUUAAGAGCUGGUGUUGGUGCUUUGGCAUUGCUGUGAUGGUGGGAAGCUACAGUGGGGGUUCACCCUUCUUUGUGCCUGAGAGCCUGAAACAAAAUGGCUCCUCGACCCAAGAGAUUAUAACACAUUGUAGAGAUAGGAGGAAAUAGUGGGUUCAAUAACCUGGGGAUAAACUGGGGAGGAUUGCAGCAGCGUUUGAAUGUAGUUGACUAGCAUAUAAUAUAUCUCCCCUCCUCCUGCACUGUUGCAGCACAAUGCCAAAGGAACCUCAAACCUGUGUUACAUGCAGAAUCUCGUUAGAAUGAGAAGAUGGUCGAUACACACACAAAAAAAUUAUAGGGUUAGGAUUGUUUAGUCUUUGUGUGGAAUGCUGCACUUCUAUGUCAUUUAAAAAACCUUAUCCAAAAGGAGAACGAUGUAGCCAUGCUAGAAGGGGAUUGUUGUGAAUUGAGCACCUUGCUGAGACUGGUGCUAUGGGGCAGGUGUGUGUAUGGUUUGUGUGUGCUGGAAUGCUGGCGGUUUGAGUCGGGAUGUGUGUGUGUGUGUCCCGUCACUGUCUUCAGAGAGAAACUGUAAGGGUUUGGGAGAGGGAGGGUUGUUUUGAAUGGGGAAAGAACUAGCAUUUGUAUGGAUGUUGUUAUUUGUUUACUAGUAGAAAGGUGGGGGCGGGGAAAGCCCAUCUCAUCAAAGAAAACCUUGUGUAUUAUUAAAAAGAUCGAAUGGGAUCUUAAGCACUUACAAAUUCAUAACAUAUUGUAGGAAUUGGAAUUCGUAACAUACUGUAUCAUACGAAUUGCCCAAAAACAUUUUUUAAAGGAUGACGUUGCACACAAUUGUGCACAAAUUUCGGGUACCGGUUUUGGCUUGUGAGUGCUACUUUCAAAACUACUGGUUGAAAAUAUACAAACCUCUGUAGCAUCACUUUAAUCUAAGCAGUAUCUGUUAUUCAGGGCCACACACUCUUCUCCUUCCCUCCGUCCAUGGCCUGUUUUCUGUGUCUUCCACUCCUCCCUGUGUGUGAAUGUGGCUCCCAUAGAGAAGAGAUCCUGAUUCAUUUCUGUGGUGGUUCCCCUCCUCCACAUGCUGUGGGCCAGCCACCAUGGUGCAGAGGGAGCCUGAGGGAGCAGACAGGGCUGUUUCUACAGUAUAGUUGCAGCUCUCCUCCCUCCCUGUAUUACGCUCUGUUAACACCCCUGGUGCUUCAGCAUCUGCCUUGAGCAGGUGUGGAUUCUUAAAGAACAAGCAGAUCAAUGCAGUUGGCUUCUGUGUAGUCCUGUGUAAGCUAUAUGGGAUAUCACCCUGGGAAUUCCCAUGUUUUUUUUGUUUUUUUGUAUAUUUGGGUUACGUUCGUAAGAAGUGGCUUAAGCCUUUUAAACAGACAAAUGUAAGAGAACCAUAGUAAAGUAUAUUAUAUAUGAAUGUAUAUCAUAAGUAUAGACAUGUUAUUAUCACAAAUGUCAUUAUUUUCAUUGUAACUGUGUCUCGGGCGUGUUGCUCUCCCUCAUACGCACACACACGUUGUCGUACACACACGACUGAACAGAAGGCUUAAGGGUUUGUUUGUUCAACUAUAAAAAGGUGGACAUUUUGUGCACUUACAUUUUAGAAUUGGGGAAUUUGAUUAUUGACUUUAAAAGAAAGCGCUUAAAAAUGGUGAGAAAUUAUUUGGGAAAUGUGGAGCAGUAAUUUAUAUUUGCCAGUGAUAUGAAAGGAAUAAAACAUCUCAAACCCUUGUUUACAUA